UGGCAACUGCCGGCCGAAGUCUAGACCUGCUUCAGCUGACAUGUACAGUAGUAUAUCACGAUUCCAAGUGCGGUCAAUCAGAACAUGCCCAGGUCGGUGCUCGGCUGAAUCUGACCGCUUGCGACUUUUGGCAGCACGGAGGUUUCUGAAGCGGCUGGAAAGACAGGCUCUACGGGAGACAUCCAGCCCUGCUACAGCUGUAAAAGAAGUCAUGAUUGUAAGACGUAUUUGUCGCUUGUCUGCAGUAUCUCGCUUUCAGACAACGCAGACCUGCUCAAUAGGUCGAGCUGCUACACGCCCGACACAACUUCUUGCAACACGCGGCCUCAGAGCUGUCCGCUCUCGGCCUGAGAGACCAAGACAGCGUCUACCUAAGAGACACUCGCCUGCUGAGUCUGACACGGCUCAAGCUAGUAAAGAGACUGCUCCGGUUCAAGUGGCGCAAGACGCUGACUCGCUCGUCCGUAGUUGCGAUGCUGCUGUACACCUCCUGUCGCAGCCAGCACUCGUCAUCUGCCGCCAAAUUGAGAUGAUGAAUGUAUUUCUCGGCUUUGAAGAAGCCAACAAGUACUUGAUCAAAGCAGCUGAUGGCUCAACACUGGCCUACAUGGCAGAAGACUCUCAUACCAUGGCGUCCACCAUGAUGCGCAAUCUCGCCGGCACGCAUCGCAAAUUCUCAUGCAACGUAUUGGACUUGCAGGGUAACGUCAUUCUCAGUAUUCGGCGGGGGUUUGCGCUUGUCAACAGCCACAUUUCAGUCUAUGUACAUCGCACACCAGGUGAGGCCGGCGAGUUGAUAGGCGAAGUACGACAGCGCUGGAAUUUGACGCGACGCAAGUAUGAGCUCUUCUUGCAUCGUCGAGAAAGUAUGCAGCAAUUUGGUGCCAUUGACGAGCCGAUGCUGAGCUGGGACUUUUCCGUCAUGGGCGAGGAUGGCGCGUUGCUAGGAAGCAUCAAUCGCAACAUGCGAGGCUUGAUGCGUGAACUCUUCACCGACACUGGGCACUAUGUACUGCGCUACGAUGCAGCAAGUCCAGAGACAACCAAUUUAUCAACCUCUGCAGUUGCUCUGCCAGGAGUCGACACAGAGACUGCCGAUGCACGUCAAGCUAUGGCUCAAACGCACAGCCGCGCUAUCGCCUUGUCACACACCUCAACCCGACCCAUGACUUUGGAUGAGCGUGCCGUCUUGCUCGCCACAGCCGUCAGUGUUGACUUUGACUACUUUAGUCAUCAAUCUGGCGCAGGCCAUACGGGCUUUUUCCCUAUGUUUAUGCCAUUCCCAAUGUUUGGCGGCUCAGCUGAGGGUUCUUCAGUUGAGGCUUUGCCGGAGACGACUCCUGGAGCGUUGCCAGAAAGUGAAGGUGGGACAGCCCUGCCACCUGAUCCUGCAUUAGGAGGUACAAAUGGUGACUUGGAUGAGGGUCAAGAUAGUGUUGACCAAGGACAUGGACAAGAGCAGUCACCUGUGGACGAUCGGCCUUGGUGGGAGCAAGAUCAGCCUGCCGAGGAGACUUGGUCAAAUGACUUUGCAGAUGGGGACGGAGGUGUCGACGGAGACGACUGGUUCUGAUUGUUUUGGGUUGAGCGAGGACUGUGCAGCAUCUUUUAACUUCGUCCUCAUGCUGAGGCGCAGGUAGCACUAAUGCAUGCUGCUACAUGUACUAAUUUGGCAAUUUUUGGCUUAGGCUGAAGGCGCAUCGCAUCUUAUUCAAUGUGCA